UAUUCAUUUAUUUUAUGCAGCAUCGAAAUAUUCAAGCACAACAAAGAAGAAAAAAUUGCGAGAACGUGGGACACCACAGCUCCAGGAUUGGCAUACGUCGAUGAGGUCAUCGCUCAAGCUGGAAAUUGGCUCAUAGGUGGGUUAGAAGUGAUAAACCCUAUCAAAUACAACGAUGGUCUCGAUAACUACAGGCUAUCUCCUAAAAAACUUCGUGAGGAAUUCGACAAACGCUAAGCGGACGCAGUGUUUGCUUUUCAGCUGAGGAAUCCAGUGCACAACGGCCACACUUUGCUCAUGAACGACACUCGUAAGAGACUUUUGGAUAUGGGUUUUAAGAAUCCGAUUCUCUUGCUCCAUCCUUUGGGAGGUUUCACUAAGGCCGAUGAUGUGCCGCUCGAUGUUCGCAUGGAACAACACAGCAAGGUAUUUGAAGAUGGGAUGCUUGAUCCUGAAACUACAAUGGUUAUUUUCCCUUCACCAAUGCUUUAUGCGGGACCCACAGAAGUGCAGUGGCAUGCAAAGGUGCGAUUAAAUGCCGGAGCAAAUUUCUACAUCGUGGGCCGUGAUCCAGCUGGCAUGGCCCAACCGACAGAGAAACGGGACUUGUAUGAUCCGGAUCAUGGUAAGAAGGUUCUAAGCAUGGCACCUAGUCUCGAAAAGCUGAAUAUUCUGCCAUUUAGGGUAAGUGUGGCAACAAUAAUAUUAACCCUAAGCUUAACGUACCAUUUUUGAACUAUACAAACAUGCUCGAUUUAUUUACAAUAACACGUGCAUAAAUGGUUUAGAGCGUUUAUAGAUCAAAAAAACUUUCUUUUUAUUUUUUUCUUGAUAAUAAUAUAGGUGGCUGCCUACGAUACUGUGGCAAAGAAGAU